AUGGCUGAUAACUUCACCUGCUUUCCUAGGUGGGACACAAGCUUCUUCACAAAUACACAAGGAGUCCAGAGAGGCAGCUACACCAUCCACCCUGAGUUUGUGUCCGAAGGCUUGUACACUCCUGCCUAUUGA